GGAGCGCGGGGAGGCCCGGGCCGGGACCGGGCCCCGGGAGGCGGCGCUGAGGCCUUGGCGCGCGAAGCGCAGCGGCUUUUCCUGCGGACUUUCCCGGGCCUGGAGCCGUGCGUGGCCGUGGCCGCCCCCGGGAGAGUGAACCUGAUCGGGGAGCACACGGACUACAACCGGGGCCUGGUGCUGCCCAUGGCUCUUCCAAUGGUCACUGUGGUGGUUGGAUGCAAGAGUGAGGAUGGAGUGAUAUCGUUGCUGACAACUGCGAUAGAAGCGGAUGAACCAAGAUGUCUGGAGUUCCCUGUGCCUUCGAAAGUAAACCCUUUAAAUCCUGGCGUGCCACGUUGGGCCAAUUAUGUAAAGGGAAUUAUUCAGCACUACAGAGCAAGGCCUCUGACUGGAUUUAAGGCUGUGAUAGCGAGUGAUGUUCCUUUAGGAGGAGGACUGUCAAGUUCUGCCUCUCUGGAAGUAGCCAUGUACACAUUCCUGCAACAAAUCUGUCCAGAUGAUGGUGAUUUAGUGGCAAAGGCUCAGACCUGUCAAAAAGCCGAACAUACCUUUGCCUCCGUGCCCUGCGGUAUAAUGGACCAGUUCAUUUCAGUGAUGGGGCGAAAGGAUCAUGCUCUUCUUAUUGACUGUAGGUCACUGGAAGUGACUCCUGUUCCCCUCACCGACCCCAACCUCGUCGUCCUCAUCACAAACUCCAACGUGCGCCACACCCUGUCGGGAAGCGAGUACUCGACCAGGCGAAGUCAGUGUGAGGCGGCAGCCAAGGCUCUUGGCAAGGAGAGCUUGAGAUGCGCCACCAUGGCUGAUUUAGAAGCUCUGAAGGCCUCUCUGGAUGCGGAGGUGUAUCGCAGGGCACGGCACGUGAUCACUGAGAUCAAGAGAACCACUGAGGCGGCAGAAGCUCUGAAAACAGGAAACUAUGGGCAAUUUGGGAAGUUGAUGGUGGAGAGUCAUUGCUCGCUGAGGGAUGAUUAUGACGUGAGCUGCCAGGAAUUGGAUGAGUUGGUUGUCGCUGCGAUGGAUGGUGAAGGUGUCUUUGGCAGCAGAAUGACUGGAGGUGGUUUUGGUGGCUGUACUGUUACUUUAGUUGAAACCACAGCCGUGGAGAAAACCAUGCAGAGGAUUAAGGACAGGUACAGAGGCACUGCAACAUUCUACAUCACCAAACCUUCCCCUGGGGCCUACGUGAUGAAAUUGUCAGGAUUCUGAAAUCCCAAAUCUGCUCUCGCCACCUCUGCUCAGAGAUGUUCAUUCUCCGCAAAUGAAGAAAAGGCAAUUCCAAAUGUUCAAGUUCGCAUAAUGUAACAAUCUCCUUUUCCAAAAUGACGUGGUGAAAACGCAGUGUCCCAACAGUCACUACACGUGCUUAGAAAGACCAAGAUCCAGGUGCCUUCAAAAUCUGAUCCGUUGGGGGGCAAAGAUGGAUGGAAAAAAGCGAGUGGGAAAAUGGGAGACCACAAGAGCUUUGUCCUAAUUGCUGAAAGUCAGUAACUUCAGUGCAUUCCAAAGGCUGCAUCUCUCUGAGCAGCGCUGUGACAUUACAAUGCAGUUUGGCAAGUUGCUCAGGAAAAUCCAUCUUUCUCUUAGUGUCAGUGCAGAUCAACAACAACAAAUAAUAAUAAUCAUCCUUGCAUUUGAUA